AGAGAGAGAGAGAGAGAGAGAGAGAGAGAGAUGUUGCAGAGAAGCAGAAGGAGUUCGGCCGCCGCUUGACGCCACGAAGCCUAGUUCAUCGGAGGAGGAGGCGGUCCGAAGAGAAGACGACAAGUAUGGUGGGGGACCCAAGACGGCUUAGAGGUCACAACGCCACUGCCACUUUCUGCAUUGCCUCUCGAGACCGCCCCGGCCUCAUCGCCACUGCCGGCGAGGAUGGAUGUGUGUGCUGGUUCGAUAUGCGGUGUAAAGACGUGUUAUUUGUCAUGCUUGUGGGGGAGGAUCCCAUCUCAUCAUUAUGUUUCAAGCCAGGAAAUGAAGACAUCAUUUAUGUUUCAUCAGGAACUGAAGUCAAGGCGUUUGAUGUACAUUCGGCUGCCUCAUGGAAGGGGUUAGAGAGUCACAACUAUAAUAAAGAGGAGAUAAAUCAGAUUGCAUGCAACUCUAGGUCAUGUUUUCUUGCUGCUGCAGAUGAUGGUGGCGAUGUGAAGAUCGUUGAUAUUCGCCAGCAAUGCCUCUAUAAAACACUAAGAGCUGGCCAUACAAGUAUAUGUACUUGUGUACAAUUCCUUCCCUGGAGGCCUUGGGAAGUGGUCACCGGUGGUCUUGAUUCAAAGCUUGUGAUGUGGGAUUUCUCCAAAGGACGCCCACGCAAAAUUGUUGACUUCAGUGUUCCUGACGCAGAUGGUGGAUGUAGCGCAGGACAAAGCUUGAAUCCUGCUUUUGUCCAUGCAUUAGCCGUUCCUGAGGUUGAUAUGGUAGACAAAGUAGGAAAGGUAUGCGUUGUAGCCAGGGGUGAUGGUGUUGUUGAGGUGAUCGAUAUUGAAUCAGAACUUGCUUCUAGUAAGUCAAAAAAUUCCUUAAAGCCCCAUAAGGGCGCUCAAUCAAAAGCAAAAGACAAUGCUUCAUCUGUUCAGACUGAAACUCAAGAUCAGAAUUGGAGAAAAAAGUUGUGUUUGGAUAACUCUUUGGGAGGGCACACUGCGUCUGCAUCAUGCGUGGCAUUUUCAAUGUUUGGGGAGAAAGGAAAACACAUAGUGUCUGGUGGAAAUGAUAAAUCAGUGAAGGUUUGGGAUUGGUGUAGAUAUUUUGAUGAUGUUCAAACCAGCAGCAAUCCUGAUCUGAUGCAUUUGAACAUCAAUUUGAGCAAAAAAGUCAAUUGGCUCUGCACCACGCCAGCUGAUUCUGAAAACCUUAUUGUCUGUGACACAUCCAAAGUGGUGAAGGUUUAUACAGUUGCUUAGCUCACUUCGCGGUUGUCGAUCUGGUUUACUCUUGUCCUAAAGCAAGGCCUAUUCUGUGGCUUCUAGGAAAAUAUUUUGGUUGUAAGUCUGACAUUCUAUCCACAAAAUGUGCAUUUAUUUCUGUGUUUUUGCAGCUGUGUUUGGAUCAUUAGAUUUACGGAAGUGAAAAAACGAAGUAAACAAUUUAGCUUUUCUAGGUCAAAUAUCCCUAUAUUUUCUCU